ACGACACAUCAUUACCCAGCAGUAUACAGUGUGCUGCCGGUCUGUGAGCUGGAGAGACACUCGGACGACACACAAGAGAGAAGUCUUCAAAAACAAACUUUGCAGAGCCAUCUUGCCUUUUCCCCGACCGUGGAUGAAAGAGGACUGCUCUUUGUUCUUUUCCUACAUCCUCCAAGAGUUUUCUUUGUAUAUUUUCAAACAGAAAGCAGCAAUGCUUAGAUUCUACAUUCUCCUAACUUUUGCUGUCAACAUCCAAGCCAACAGCCAGCUGUUGCCAGGCUCUUGCAACUUUGAGUCCAACACCUGCGGAUACACGUCAGAUGCAGACUUUAUGAGCUGGACCCUGCAAAAAGAUGGCCGUUUUGUCACAGUGGAAGCAGCCGUGAAUGAGGAUCAGGAGGACUACAUAGGCAGUGGUGCUGACCCACAGCGAGAGAUCAUAGGGGUGCUGCUGAGUCCCCGUUUGGAGCAUGGUGAGUGGAGCUGCCUGAGGCUUGUCUAUCAGAUCACAGAGCCAGGAAGCCUGGAGGUCCUGCAGCGCACCGAGGGGAACAGCUUUGACAGGCCGCUGUGGAGCAGCCGGUUGCCCUCCGACAGCUGGGUGGUCUCAAGCAUCGACCUGCAGAACAAUACAGAGCCUUACAGGGUCGUCAUCGAAGGUAAACCUGGGUCGAGCAAAGGGAGCAGCGUGGCCAUCUUUGAGAUCCACAUCAGCCCUGGAUACUGCCUGGAAUGUGAUUUUGAGGAGUCUCACCUGUGUGGAUACAAUAACCAGUGGAAUGCCAAUGUAAACUGGUAUGUGGGAGGAGGCGGGGUCCAGGUUCUCCACAAUGAUAUGCCAAAUGAUCACACAUACAACAACGGCUCAGGUCACUUCAUGUAUGUCGACUCCAUCUACGGCAAGACCUUUAAAGAAGUGGCCAAACUGGUGUCUCCAAUGACGCAGGUGCCGAUGUCCGGCUGUCUGAGUUUUCAGUACCAGCGCAGUGAGAUAGGAAACCUCUUCUCUGUUUUCACCCGGGACCAGCUGGGUCAGUACCAGGAGUUGUGGAGGGCAGGGUUGGAGAAUCAAAACGACUGGACAAAAAUUCCUGGAGAGUGGAUACCUGUGCAGGUGGACCUGAAGGCACCCUACUCGGUACAGGUGGUCUUUGAAGUGGCGUUUAACAGUCCACGUGGCGGACGUGUUGCACUUGAUGAUAUUUCCUUUUCUUCGCAGUUCUGCACCACAGACACUGAGCCAACUUUUGACCCCUCUAUCGCCAACUGUGAUUUUGAGUCUGGUUUCUGCCUCUACACCCAGGAGCAGGCGAAGGAGUCACCGUGGAGAAGAGUCUCCGUGAAGCCCAACAUAUUCAGGAAUGGAGACCACACCACAGGAGCAGGAUCUUUCCUGUUGGCUCACUCCCGACUGGGCCCACGCUCCGGCUACGUUAGCCGCCUCAUCGGUCCAACUCUAGCCGGGAACAUGAAGUACUGUCUGACAUUUUACUUCUCUUUGAGGGGUUUCAGUCAGACGGACCAGGCUCUGGCUGUUUAUCUGCUGCAUGCGAACGGCAGCCAGGAGAAAAUCUGGACUCAGGCAGAGAGGUCGAGGGGAAUCUGGAUCGCAGCGGAUGUCACCUUCCAGACGUCACAGUCUGCCAAGGUGGUCUUCGUGAGCACCUGCAGGAGUUUCUGGGACUGUGGCUCUGUGGCUUUGGAUGACAUCAGCGUGAGCCUUGGAGACUGCGAGCUGGUGGCAGGCCUGCUGUCGUCUCUUCUCCCUGGACGCUGUGAUUUUGAAGCAGGGUUGUGUGGUUACACUCAGGACAAGAAGAGCGACGCUGCUGACUGGGAGAGGAGGCGGGGGGCCACACCGACCUCAUACACCGGACCCAGAGGGGACCACACGGCGGGACUUGGAUACUACCUCCACCUGGAGGCGUCGCCGAUGCUGCCCGGCCAGAACGCCCGGCUGAUGUCCCGCACUGUGAGAGGAACCAGGGGACGGCACUGUAUUAGCUUUUUCUACCACAUGUAUGGGUCGGGCACAGGCCAGCUUAACGUUCGCAUCAACAAAUAUGGAAAGGAAGAGCUGCUGUGGCAGAGGAGCGGCGAGCAGAGCAUCGCGUGGCUGAAGGCCCAAGUCGAGUACCAGUGUCACAGCCAGCAUCAGAUUGUGUUUGAAGCGAUCAGGGGUUCUUCAAUAAGGAGUGACAUUGCCAUUGAUGAUGUUAUUUUGGAAGGUGGACCUUGCCCAGAAAUGGGGAUCAGCACCACUGUGGGAACCUCCAAUGAGAUCGAGUAAAGUGCAAGGAGUGAAAACGGCGUAUAAUGCUUACCCCCCCCUCCCCUUCCUGUUUUUUGCACAUUACAGACAACUCAAAAUGUUGUUGAGUCCUGACUCCUGCAUGUCAGUCUAAACAUGUGGACAAAGGAAACUUCUCAUGUAGUUUCUCUUUUCUUGGAGCGACACAUAUCAGUCAUUUCACAGUCAGCGUUUCUCUGCACUGUAGCAGCAGUGAGCAUGUGUUUUUCUUCACAUUUGUAUUGCAUUAGAUUAAUGCUCAUUGCUCAAAUAAAGCGAGGACGUUCUUUAACACGA